UAAAAUUACUGUAUCCAUACAGCAUGGACUUCAGGCAGCUGCGCUUCGCCCGCGCCUUUGCGUUCACCAUCCUUGAGAUCAACAACAGAACCGACGUUCUGCCGGGCAUCACAUUAGGCUACUGGAUACAUGACUCGUGUUCUGACGUACAGAUGGCAAUCAAAAUUGCUUUACAAUUUGAAAACGGCUUAGACCCCGUUUUCAAUGACACAAAUUCCUGUUUAAAAUCGGCCACUGUACCUGCUACUGUAGGAGAUUCUACUUCUUCCGCGUCAAUUAGCAUAGCCAGAACGCUCGGUCCUUUUGGAAUUCCACAGGUGAGUCAUUCUGCAACCUGCGCUUGCCUGAGCGAUAAGCAUCAGUUUCCUGCCUUCCUUAGGACGGUGCCUAGUGACCACCACCAAGCCGCCGCACUGGCAAAAAUGGUUAAGUAUUACGGCUGGACAUGGAUUGGGGCAGUGCGCAGCGACACGGACUACGGAAACUACGGAAUGGCAGCGUUCCUAAAGGCUGCGCAGGAGGAGGGGAUCUGUGUGGAGUACUCCGAGGCCUACAUAAGGACACAGCCGCGCCGUAAACUAGAAAGAGUGGCAAACGUCAUCCGUAGAUCAACGGCACGGGUAAUAGUAGCGUUUGUUCACGCCGGAGACAUGAAAUUUAUCAUUGAGGAAUUAGCACAGCAACCGCUGCCUCCGAUUCAAUGGAUAGCCAGCGAAUCGUGGAUCAUACAUCCAGACUUUCUAAGGUUUAACAUAUGCACUGGAGCACUAGGAUUUGGUUUCCCCCGAUCAGUUAUCCCUGGUCUCCGUGAGUUUCUGUUAGACCUCUCUCCAAAACAAGUCUUGGAAUCGCCUCUGUUAACGGAAUUUUGGGAGAGCUCGUUCAGCUGUAGCCUAAAAGGGCGGACAGGCUCCUCAGAGUUCCUGCGGGAAUGUAACGGCAGUGAGGAUAUCCGCGCGCUACAGAACCCAUACACAGACACGUCUCAGCUGCGCAUCACUAACUUGGUGUAUAAAGCUACAUAUGCCAUAGCGCAUGCACUCCACAGUGUUAUCUGUAAUGAAACGCAGUGCGACCAGACCAUUAAAUUCGCACCGUGGCAGAUAUACAACCAUCUUAAGAGAGCGAACUUCACCACAAAGAAUGGUUAUCAGGUUAAAUUUGAUUCCAAUGGAGAGCCUGAGGCUGUCUAUGAGCUCAUAAACUUGCAGUUUAAGAAAGAUGGAACUUUAGACUUUGUCACAGUGGGCUACUAUGACUCAUCCAAACCAAGAGGACAGGAGUUCAAAAUGAGCAGUGCUAUCAGCUGGGUGGGAGGACAAACUGAGGUUCCAAAGUCUGUGUGCAGUGAGAGCUGUCCUCCAGGCACCAGAAAGGCUGUGCAAAAGGGAAGGCCUAUCUGCUGCUUUGACUGUAUACCAUGUGCAGAAGGAGAGAUCAGUAACAAGACAGACUCUUUGGAUUGUAUACGCUGCCCUGCUGAGUUCUGGCCCAACAUGAAACAAGACGGCUGCCUCCCCAAGCCUGUGGAGUUCCUGUCAUGGGACGACACUCUAGCCAUCAUUCUGACAGUGUUCUCCAUCACUGGGGCCUUCAUGGCUGUGUGUGUUAUUGUUGUCUUCUACAGACACAGGGCAUCUCCCAUCGUCCGAGCCAACAACUCAGAGCUGAGCUUCUUGCUGCUCUUCUCUCUGACUCUGUGUUUCCUCUGUUCACUUACUUUCAUUGGUCAACCCUCUGAGUGGUCCUGUAUGCUGCGCCACACAGCAUUUGGGAUCACCUUCGUCCUCUGCAUCUCUUGUGUUCUGGGGAAAACAAUAGUUGUGUUAAUGGCCUUCAAGGCUACACUUCCAGGCAGUAAUGUCAUGAAAUGGUUUGGGCCUCUACAGCAGAGACUCAUUGUCUUUUCCUUUAGUCUCAUACAGGUUCUUAUUUGUGUCCUAUGGUUAAAAAUAUCACCCCCUUUCCCCUUCAAAAAUCUAAAGCACUACAAGGAAAAGAUAAUCUUGGAAUGUGACUUAGGUUCAGUUAUAGGUUUUUGGGCUGUGCUGGGUUAUAUAGGAUGUUUGGCUUUUCUGUGUUUUAUUUUGGCUUUUCUAGCACGGAAGUUGCCCGAUAACUUUAAUGAAGCCAAAUUCAUCACAUUCAGCAUGCUCAUAUUCUGUGCGGUUUGGAUCACCUUUAUUCCAUCUUAUGUCAGCUCUCCUGGAAAAUUCACUGUAGCUGUGGAAAUAUUUGCUAUUUUGGCCUCAAGCUUUGGUUUGAUUAUUUGCAUUUUUGCUCCGAAGUGUUUCAUAAUUGUGUUUAGGCCAGAGCAGAACACCAAGAAACACAUUACAGGUAAAGUACUCUCUUAAACAGAGAUUCUUACUCAAAUAGGAAAGGCAUAAUUAAGCACUUUAGAGAAAACAUCCAGGGUUAUGAUUAGACUUCUAAUACUCAUAUUGCAUCAUCCUCACUAAUAUACAUUUAAAUUAAACUGCAUUUAUUUGUAUGGAAAGGUAUAUUAUCAGCAACAUGCAAUACACUUGAUAUCACUGGAUUUGUAGAUAUUAUUUUGAAAACCUCAAAUAUAUUGCUCUUUAGUUAUUAGUAUUCAAUCUAUAUUUCAUAUGUACUCGGGUAUUCUUUAUCUGUAAAUCGUUCUAUGACCAGUACAUGGGUAUGCUUUAAUGAACAGUCAAUAUUUAAAUUGGAUGUAUAAUAUAUGUGUACCUAAUAAUAUAUAUAUGUGUGUGUAUAUUAGUUUGAUGAGGUUUGUCUGUAAUUUUACUAUACCUGAUUUCAUCAUAUUUUUUAUGAUCACCCAUUGCUUAUUAUACAACAUAAUGAAGGUUAAAUAGUGGUUUUGAUUUCUGUGUCUAGCACUUUGUUUCACAAAAUGCUUGUUUUGGUUAUUAAGUUAAAUAUUUUAUGCGAUUUAUAUAGUUCAUAUGAUAUGAACACACAU